AUGGCUGCAAAUGCUGGCAAUCUUCAGAUUUUCCUACGUGUGGAAGAUUUCUCUUCCAAAAACAGCCACGAGAUCGGUGAAAGGUCCAUCUAUCGCCCGUUAUGCGGCUAUAUCCCAUUCCACGAAGACCGAAGCCCAUCGCCCGCGGCGGCUCCAUUACACUGUGAAGAGAUGAACGCUAUUCCCGCCGGAACAGUUAGAACGGCGGGAACGAGGCGGAAAAAUGGCGCGAAAGGUGAGCGAGCAAGGUCGGCACGAGGAGAGUUUGUUCACACCCGAGCUGUCCUGUCCCACCUAUUGCGGUAG